UCUCCACGUAAUGUGACUUAUCCUACAGAAAUCUUUGUACCUUAUAUAUUUGCUGCUAAUGCUAUAGGCAUGCCUGUGUUGGAGAGGCUCGACGACUAACGAUUCGCUAUUUAAGCAUUAUCACUGCUUUCCUGACUUUUGUACUUGAAAUUACCUUUCGCAUUAGGUUGAUAUUUGGUUAGCCCCAAUGGUAGCGCCUCGGCAUUGAAGCAAGCGCCUCUCCAACUCCUCUGAUUAGCUCUGAAUGUGCUUCACUGGUAUCAUAAGCCAUUAGAAAGUACAUAUAGUUUACCCGUAAGCGAAGGAUCAAUGGCGUUAUGUUGCAGCAGAGGCCUUGCAGCAAGCAUCCUCGUCGUCAGCGUUUUCCUGGGCGCUGCCGCGGCGCAGCCCCGCCGAGCCCUGGCACAGGAUGGUAUCCUAUCGCUAUCUGUGCCGGACGCCAGCAGCAGCACCAACAGCAGCAGCGAUACUGGGAGCAUAAGUGUUGAAAGUGCGGAUGCCUUUACCCUUGCACUGCUUGACCCCAACACGACGACAAUCCGCAUAGUACGUGACAUUAUCCUCAACAGUAGCAGCAUACGUGAUCAGCUCCUGCGGGCAGUAGGCGGUGACGGCGUGGUGAACCUGACGCGGUCAGUCAUGGUCAUCGGCACAUCCAACUUCCCUCUCCUGGAUUUCGGCAUGACGCCCAGCCUGAUACGCCUGGGAGUCAAUAUAAGCAUAGAGUUCCGUGCACUCCGUCUGCGUGGAAUUUACGAGCGACUGGACGACGCGCCAAUCAUUUUUACGAAUGAUAGUAUCGGUUGGGUACGCUUCAAUAACGUCUACAGCCAGCGCACAGCAUGUUUGGUCCCACAGCUUCAGCUUGAAAAAGAGAUGAACGCAGCAAAAGCAACUGCUCUUGAAACUAACGCGACAGAUGCACCGUCCCAACCGCCACCGAUGUCACCUGCUGCUCAGUUUCCGCCCGGCCUGCCCAGCCUUAAGCCGGCAUCGCCCCCCACAUCACCUCCAUCCAUUGACGACUCCGCAACCUUAUUGACCGACAGCCCGAUGUGCUUUUCCGACCUCUCUAGCGAGAGCAUGGAUGCGCUGGGUACAGAUGACUGCUAUGAUACCGCGCUCCUGCUCCAGGACCUGACCUUCACCAUUACAAUGGGCGGUCCCCAGGAUUCCGACAUCGCGGGCGGCCUGUCCGGCUCGUCCCGGGGUCUGCACCUCUCCUUCAACAUGACCAUCCUGCUGUGCGACGUGUUCGUGCGGCCGCCCUGCUCCGAGCAGACCGGCGCCGCGUUGUCGGCAUGCAUCCAGGAGCUGCUGGACAGAAGGAGUCUACGUCCCCCAUCGCCGCCGUCUCCACCUCCGCUGGGUUCCGUGGGGUCCUCGUCUCCGGUCCUGCCGCCGCCCUCCUCCCGCGCGCCUUCGCCCCCAGGGCAGGUGGACCCGCAGCCCUCCGAGUCGCACAAGAGCACUCGGAGGCUGGAGGUGCUGCUGCCGGCACUGCUGGUGGGUUUGGCACCCGUGGUGGCGGUGCUGGGUGCCUUCCUGUGGUGGCGCUGGCGGCUGGGCGGCGGCGGCAAGCUGGCACCCGCAGGCGGCGCGGGGACGGGGGCGGGCGGCAAGCUGCAGGAGCAGGACUCGGAGGUGCUGCAGCUACAAAUCCACGGCGGCACAGGCGGCCACGGCAGCCGGGGAGCUGCUAGCGGUGGCCGCGGCGGCGGCGGCAAGGGCAGCAAGGUCUCCUCCACACCGCCUGCCUCCCCCGCCACACCCCCCGCGCCCCACAUGCGCUUCUUAGCAAAGUACGGCAGGCGAAGCAGCCUGGGCAUGGGACUGCUGAGGGGAGGCGGAGGUGCGGGUGCGGGUGCUGGCGGCGCCGGCAGCAGCGGCGCCGGCGGAGGUGGCAGCGGCGAGGGCAAGCCGGGCUGCAGCGGCAACGGCGCCGCUAUGGGCUCGGCGGGGCUGUCGUCUAGUCUGACGGGCCUUACGUUGACGUGUUCGCCCGGCGCUAGUCCCAGCGACAGCGCCAAUGCGGACCCCACGCGGGGCAUUGCGCUGCACCACAUGCUCGGGUCGGGCAGCUUUGGACGCGUGUAUUACGGCACGUGGCAGGGACAAGGCGUGGCGAUCAAGAUUAUCCCCCACUCGGAAGCAGCACACCACAAGGUGCAGCAGGAGGUGGCGCUAUGCCUGCGGUUCAACCACCCCAACGUGGUUCGCUCGCUCUACUACGCCACCUUCGAGGCGUGCUCACAAGAGAUGCCCACACAGGACGGCUCGCUCCCCACCUCCGCUGCGGGCGCCGGCGGGCCCGGGGGCGGCGGGGCGUUCACCAUGGAGACGUGGAUCGUGCUGGAGUUCUGCAACGCGGGAUCUCUGGCCUCACAUCUGGGCUCCAAAGCUGCGGCACUGGGUACCGCGGCGGGAGGGGGCCCCUCCGCACUGUCCGCACAACAGCGGACCGAGGCUGACCCACGGGUCGGCGAGGGUCAGGGUGAAGCGGCCAUGAGCGCAUCCGGGGCACUAGCAGCUCAGCAGCAGCAGCAGGAAGCGGGCGCAGUACUGUUACACAUGCAUGGGAUGCUGUGCAUAGCGCGCGACAUUGCUGCGGGGAUGGCCCACCUCCACUCGCUGAACGUGUGCCACGGAGACCUCAAGUGCGAAAACGUGCUGCUGUGCCGCCAAGACGCCACAGCAGCAGCCUCGCAGCAGCAGCAGCAGCAAGGCAGCGAUGGCGACAACAGGGUCAGCGGCAGUGGCAGCGGGUACGCGACAGCGGUUGGGGCGGCAGCAGCGGAGCGGUCCUCGUGUCAGUCCCAGGCGGCGUGCAGCGGGAGACGCUUUGUGGCGAAGGUGGCUGAUUUCGGGCUGAGCAAGACCUUCAACGAAACCUCCACCCACAUGUCCACCGCCACAGUGGGCACGGUGACGCACAUGUGCCCGGUGUUGCUGCUGACGGGCAAGAUGCGGCCCUCUUGCGACGUCUUCAGCUUUGGAAUCAUGCUGUGGCAGAUGGCAACUGGCAGCACUCCCUUCGCCAACAUGCGCUACGCGGAGAUCGUGUACAAGGUGGCGGUGACGGGCAUGCGGCCGGAGUUCCCGCCCCACGUGCCCAAGCAAUUGGUGGACAUGGCGGAGGCGUGCUGGGCCGCCGACCCCACCAUCCGACCCACAUUCGAGCAGUUGGUCGUACAACUGGACGAGCUGCUUGAAAAGGCGGAGGAUCUGCAGGCCGAGCAGGAGGCCGUGUUGCGGGCUGAAAGGGAGGGGACGGUGCGCGAGGAGGAUGUGGCUAUCGGGGUGGUCUUUAAUGAGGACGCAGCGGUGGUUAGUGGCUGGGCUGCGGCGGCCGCCGCCGCCCUUUUGGAGUGAUGGAGUGAGGAGUUAUGGGAUACGAGAUGGGUGUACAGCAGGAGGUAAGGCACAGUUGUCAGCUGUGGUGUACCUUGUUGCGGAUGGAGGAUUAGGGGGCAUACCUUUUGUGCAUGUUUUGCUUGGCGUCAUCAUCACCACAAACGUAUGAACAAGGAUGCACAGUUUGGUGUUUUGCACGAUUGUAUCGUUUUGUUUGGUUGCAUUGGAAGCCCCCCAACUACGGGGUAUGUCGCCAAGCGUUCGCGAACCGGGGGUCAAUCGUGUCGCAGGCUUUGCGAUGAUGACGUUGGCGAUUAAUUUGUCCUAUAAAGUGUUUAGGAUCGUGGCUGGUAUUCUAACGACGCAAAAACCUUUCUGCUGUCACGAGCAACACGCCUCUAUCAAUUGCCGUAUUCCUCGUAUUCAGACCAACGUGAGCGGUAAUCCCUAGCCGGUGUAGCAAGUUUAGAAGUGUUCACUAAUCAAAAUACAUUACUUUGCGCUAAUUGGGAAGCAACCUGAAGCCAGUCUAGAAACGCUUUGAUAGUCUUUGAUUCGCUCGCGCUCAACACGCGUCUUGAGGCCCCUGCGUUGCCUAAAAGCAGUAAGGGCAACAGCGGGGGCCGGCCGGGAAUGGUCAAGGAGGUGCACUUCUCCCUUUUCCGUUCGGCUUCAGGGCCCCUUAGGGGAAGCCCUACUGUUGCUGACGAGGACCACGAGGGACCAAGCACGUCAGGGCAGCAUGCGGGAACGCCAGUGGCAAAGUCUUUUACUUUUGGCUCAAGAGCACGGCGAGCCUCUGUGACAGAAGAUGAGGCGGAGGAGCUUUUCUCGCUGCUGCAAGUGGCCGACACCACCGGGACGAGCCCGCGACUGUUAAAGCUCAUCUCAGCAGCGCUUGAAAGCAAUAUUGAAAAGAAUGAGUUGCAGGAGCGCUUUACUUCAAGCACGGUGGGGAGCCAGCACAUGUUGCCAACUGGCAAGCUGACUGUCUUCCAUGGUCUUCGACCACCGCCGAUUGGGCUGCACUCCUACUUGGAGCGCAUAGCCAAGUACACAAAGUGCAGCCCAGUGUGCUUCAUCAUGUCUCUGGUCUACAUGGAUUUGCUGGGACAGCGCGACCCCGACAUGCUGCCCACGCCGCUCAACGUGCAUCGGCUGCUGCUGACCGGCGUGCUGCUGGCGGCCAAGCUGACGGACGACCACUACUUCAACAACGCGUUCUACGGACGGGUUGGCGGCGUGAGCGUGCAGGAGGUCAACCGGUUGGAGCUGGAGCUGCUGCGGCUGCUGGACUACCGGCUGCACGUGCCCUGGGAGGAGCUGCGGGGGGUGCUGCGGCAGCUGCUGGCGGGGACGCUGCUCAUAGGGCAGGGAGAGGGCUGGAGUGCCUCCCUGGGUCGCAAGCGUCGCUCCGUGUCCGGCUACAGCCACAGCAGCGAGAAACGCUCCUCGCAGCGCCGCAGCAGCAUCGACUCCUCCGUGGGCGGAGCCUCCGUGUCCGUGUCGGCCACGCCCUCAGCCACCCAGAGCCUGUAUUAUGACGACGAGGAGGAGGAUGAGGAGGAUGAGGGCGCCAGCGCGCCGGCUCGACGGUGAGCAAAAAGCCUGGGAGAGGUUCUAUGGUUCCAGGCUGGUAGCACAGCCCGCCCCAGGCUGGUAGCACAGCCUGGGGUGCAGCAUUGCGCCUUUCUGGGUUCGAAGGUGCUACCUGUGCAGUGAAUGGAGUGGUGGUGCGUCAGUAAAGCGGCAAGUGGCAGCGACAAGCGGACAUGCAGGGACGUGUUUUCAUGCAUGCAGCAGUGGAGGCGCGUUGCAGCAGCAACGGCGGAGGCCGCCAUGCAGGGUAGCACAGCUGCUAUAGGGACGUGAGAAGCAAAUGUGGCCCGUCCCAAAAUGCCGGUGCGGAUGCGCAUGGGCUAUUCCGGCUUUGCGGUGUGCAUCAAAUGGUAUGGUAUGGUGACGGCAGUGGUAGGAACAGAAGUUGGAGGUUAAAUAACGGGGCUUUUGCUGCUAGAAGCGAUGACCAUUGAUAGUGGUUUGUACUAGAGCGAACCCGGCUAUUAGCGAAUGGGUAUUAGAGUGAGAUUGGGUAUUAGAGCGGAGACGGGAUGACAAUAAUGUGAGUGGAAUGGUGAUGGGGGAAUAAGGGUUAUCGCGCCAAUGCAGCAGCAUGUUAGGGUCAGCUUGCUGUGAGCUGCGCCCCAUGGGGCCUGCUUCCGCCAGGAUGGGAAAGGCAGUAUGCGAGGUGUGGGUGUGGAGCGCGGCGAGGGGUGUGGGGGGUUGUGCAAGGCUUUGCAGGGGGUUACGGAACUGCAGGAUGCGUAUGUCGCAGUCUGGGAAUGCUGUCCGGCACCAUUGCUUGCCAUGACGACCAGGGCAUUGCUUGGUGCCCACAUCAAGACAAUCAAGACACGUGCCACUGUUUGUUUUAGAGACUCCUGUACUCACCCUUCGCAUUGAAGCUCUUGCUUAGGCUUGGCAGGGCGUGACACAUUGCGGCGAAGUUACGGCGGCGAGCGGCCGCUUGGCGGCGCGGGUUUGCAUGCUCUCAGUGACAGCGCACCUACCCGCGUUUGUUGGGCGCCGGGACCGGCACCGCGACGCAUUUUCACCCUUGACGCACAUCAUAGGGUUGAAGGUUGAUGAACGCCUUUUACAAGUGCACAGAUAUUUGGGUGUGUGUGCAGAUGCAUGCAUGCUGUGGGGUGUUGUUCGACGGUUGGCAGGUUGUGUAGGUCUAACGACGGCGCGCCCCAGGAGUCUAGUUGCUGUUCCUGGCUGACUUCUUGGGCCGAGAUUUGCUGCCCUAGUAGCUGCCGGCGGCAAUGUCUCCUUGCCGGGUUGUGUGCCCACGUUGUACGCAAUUGCAUGUAGGGAUUCCUCUUGGCGUGCUCCUGGGGGCAGUAGCACGGCGGCGUUGUUACCGCCGCGGCUACUUUCGCUCUUACUGAGUGUCCGCAUGUGGUUAUGGGAGGAACCCCUACUUGGCUUGCGUGCAUGUGGUGAUGUGCAGUUCGGUGUGCACCCCUUGACCGUUCAUCAUUGUUGUGGUGCUGAUUGACAGAUGAAUCUCUCAUUCACACUACUAUUACCCUAGCGAACGCUUUUCUCUUACUACGCCACUUCCCGCGUGUUGCUUGCUUACGAGAUGUGUUUCGUUGUUCCUCAACAUUAGCGGCAACUUGAUGACUGUCAUGAGUGCGAAAAUAGAUUGUUGUGUGCGCGUGCUUGAUGUCCUUUCGUGUGUUAUGGCGACGCGGUGCGGCAGAUAAGCCAAAACGGGGUUUGCCUUUCGCAUUCAGCGCCUCAAUACAUACCGUCAGGGCGCCGGGCUGAAACAUCUAGCGCGCAACGCUCAAGCGCUGCCGCUGAGCUCGAUGGAAAGUGGUGAGUCAUGAUUGUUUGUGGCGUUUCGACCGCAUUCUGACUGGGCCACAUAUCUUCGGGAGACGGUUAUACGUUUGUUGAUAGCUGUGAUAAUUUCAUCGGCGCCUCGUGCGCCGACCUGUCUUCUUUUGGGGGUUCCCUUUUUCUCUCCCGGUGAUGGUGGUUGUCAGCAGCAGCGCUGCUCUUGUGGUCUUUAUGUUGGUUCGUCGCAGGCCCACUCCCGCUUUUCCGUGCCCAUUAUUUCCAUUUAUCCGUGUCUGGUGAC